AUGUCACGAAAUAUUUAUAUUUUGACUUUAUUCGGCUUUUUUGCUAUAAAUGUUUUCACAGUCCAGGCCAGGUCGAUUCCUGAGAAUAGUAUUAAAUCUAUUCUAAAUGAUCCUUUGAAUGAUGAUCAUCGAAAAGUAUUACAUGCUAUUACGGGUUAUCGCCAUCGAUUUGAACAAUCUGCUAAUUUCAAAGCACUUCGAUGGGCAUUAGGAGACGAACAAACGGCUGGGCUAUGUGAUCUUUGUGAUAUAGGGACACCUUUGAUUCGAUUACUUCUGGAACUUAAUGACACAACUCUUAUCGACGAAGCAGUUAAUUUAUUUUGUAGAGAAUAUAUAUUACUUGAUGAAAAUGUUUGUCUUGGUGCUGCUCAUGAGUACAUAGGUGCGGUGUUUCAAGUGCUUGAGUUAGCUCCUUUAAAUAAUAGACAAAUUUGCUCAUUGGCAUUUGAAUGUCAACCACAAACUGAUUUUCCUAUUUUCAGUUGGAAUGUGACAUUUCCGGAUAAACCAAAACCAACGCCACAACCACCACAGCCUCCAUCACCUAGCUCACCCAAAUUAAAUAUUCUUCAUUUGUCCGAUAUUCAUGUUGACUUUUCCUAUAAACCAGGAUCGCAGGCAGAUUGUUCACAACCUUUAUGUUGUAGAGGAGGUCAACCUGUUCCUGGCCAUACAGGUGCCGGGUUUUGGGGUGAUUAUCGAAACUGCGACAUUCCUUUUUGGACUGCUCAAGCACUAGUAAAAUAUGCUUCUCAAGCAGAAGAAUUUGAUUUUAUAUAUUAUACAGGCGACUUACCAGCUCAUAAUGUUUGGAAUCAAUCUCGUGCUGAUCAACUUUAUUCGAUUAAUACAAUCAAUAGUAUGUUAGCAACCGUUUUUCCAAAUAAAACAUUCUAUUCAGCUGUCGGAAAUCAUGAAGCUGCUCCUUGCAAUCUUUAUCCAACACCAAAUAUUCGAACAGAUAACAUAUCUUGGCUGUAUGAAGCAUUAGCUGAUAAUUGGAUACGAUUAGGUUUACCAGCUGAUACACGUGACAGUAUUUUAAAUGGAGCAUUUUACACGGCACUGGUUCGACCCGGUUUACGAUUGAUUUCACUAAAUAUGAAUUAUUGCACGUCAGAUAACUUCUGGUUAAUUAUCAAUUCGACGGAUCCUCUAGGACAAUUGCAAUGGUUAAUUGGUUGGUUACAAUAUGCAGAAGAUCACGAAGAAAAAGUUCAUAUAAUUGCGCAUCAACCGCCUAGUUCGUGCUUGGCAGCAUACAGUUGGAAUUUCUAUAAAAUUGUUAAUCGAUAUGAGAAUACCAUUGCCGGUCAAUUUUUUGGUCAUGCACAUGCAGAGGAAUUAAAAGUUUUCUAUGAUGAAGUUGAUACACAACGACCUGUAUCAAUGGCAUAUAUUGGUCCCUCGCUGACAACUUAUUCAUAUUUAAAUCCGGGCUAUCGUGUUUAUACAAUCGAUGGUGAUUAUCAAGGAAGUUCAUUUUGGACACUUGACUAUCAUACAGUUAUAAUGAAUUUAACUGCUUCAAAUAAAAACAAUCAAACAAUAUUUCUCAAAGAAUAUGACGCUCGUGAUGCUUAUCAAAUGAAGAAUUUAUUUCCUAACGAUUGGCAUGAUCUGAUUCAACGACUAAAAAAUGAUAUUGAUGGGCCACUAAUGGGUUUAGUCUAUCAAUUUUAUACAAAAUCAUACGCAAAUGGAACUGAAUGCGAUCAUAACUGUCGUCGAGGACUUCUCUGUGAUUUUAUAAGUGCUCGUUCAGAAGAUCCUCAUGCAUGUGACUCACUUCCACCUUUUAAUUAA